GUUGCGUUUGCGAAUUGCAUUGUCGUGCAGUUCAGUGGAUUUUGGCCACGCAUCUCCGCCAUGGCUGCCGGAGCCAGCCUCCUGAACCAAGUAGCGCUAAUAACAGGAGGCGCAAGAGGCAUCGGCUUCGCCUGUGCGCAGUCCCUGGGCCGGGCCGGGGCCAAGGUGCUGGUGGCGGACAUCGACGCUGACGCGGUGGGGCAGGCGGAGACGCAGCUGCAGGCAGAGGGGAUUGAGGCUUUCAGCUGCGCCUGCGAUGUCGGCGACAAGCAGCAGGUUGAGGCCAUGGUGGCGGCGGCGGUGAGCCGCUUUGGCGGGCUGGACAUUGCGGUGGCCAACGCCGGCAUCGUGCGCAGCGCAGACUUCCUGGAGAUGAGCGAGGAGGACUGGGAUGCGGUGCUGCGGGUCAACCUGAAGGGCACGUUCCUGACGGGUCAGGCGGCGGCGCGGCAGAUGGUGUCUCAGGGGCGGGGCGGAGCCAUCGUAAACAUGAGCUCGGUGAACGGCAUCACCGCCAUCCCCACAAUCGCCGCCUACAACGCCAGCAAGGGCGGCGUCGACAACCUGACGCGGUGCAUGGCGCUGUCGCUGGCGCCGCACGGCAUCCGGGUCAACGCCGUGGGGCCUGGAUCCAUCAUGACAGACGUCCUGCAGUCGGUGGUGACCGACAAGGCGGCCAUGGGCAAGGUGCUGUCCCGCACGCCGCUGCUGCGGGUGGGCGAGCCCGGCGAGGUGGCGUCGGUGGUGCGCUUCCUGGCCUCCCGCGACAGCAGCUACAUGACGGGGCAGACGGUGUACGUGGACGGCGGCAGGCUGGCGCUCAAUUACACGGUCAAGGUGCCGGAGGAGGAGGGGAGUUGA